CAAACAAAGCAAAAUGUCCGCUGUUACAGUCAACGGUGGGUAUUUGAAAUUAAAGGAGCAUCUGAUUAAAAACGAUGGAAUAACGAUUUUGUUUGUCCCAUUUGGUGGAAUUAUGUGGUAAUUGUGAUCUUAAUAAAAAAAAAAAGAAAAUUAGAUCACGGUUAAAAUCAAUGACGACAGUGAUGACGACCCUGACUUAUUUUUCCAGUGUCUAUCUGACUCACAACGAAACUUUUUACUUUCAAAAAAGCCGGCAUAAGGCCAAUUUACUAUUCGUUUUCCGAACAUUGACUGCGAAUAAUAUAACAUUUGUACAACGAAUUAUAUCAUUGAUGAAUUUUUGCAGAUACUUUACUGUGCGUUAUGUGGUUUGAAAUCCAAUUGACACGUCAAUUGGAUCCAGGAUUUAUAUUACGUUACACGUCCAUCAAACGUGUCAACGGUGUCAACAUGAUAAUGAAUUAUUAACAGUUAUACUUGACGUCUUUUCAAUAUUUUUCGACGACGAUAAGGAGUGUUAACAUUUUUUCUACGCACAACCGGUUAUUCUCAUUCUUUUUUAUUCAUCUCUCAUUCAUCAUUUGACAAAAUCGUAUUUUACUCGCGUGGCCAACUCCAGCUACCCGCAAUGUUUCUUUUUAUGAUAUAUAUGAAAAUGAAAUAUCGCUGAAUGCAACGCAAAGUGAUCAACGAGAAUCAUACAACAUGCCGCGGCUAGCUAUGCUCCCCAGGACUUCCAGAAUCGUUGCAUUAUGUUCCGCUGCAAAUUUCAUCAAUGCAGCUGACAGGGUAAUCAUGCCGAUUGCCAUCGUUCCUAUGACCGACCAGUACAGAUGGAAUCUUCAUUGGCAAGGCUGGAUCUUGUCGGCGUUUGCAUUUGGCUAUUUUACAAGCCAGGUUAUCGGAGCAAGUACGGCUAAUCGAUUUGGUUGUAAAACUGUUUUGAUGUCGGCAGUUUUGCUAUGGUCAAUUAGCACGGUCAUCACACCUCUAUUGGCCCAUUCGAUACCCAUGCUCAUCAUAUGUCGAGUUAUUCUUGGACUCGGAGAAGGUUUAGGUCUUCCAGUUAUAUUUCACCUGUUUGCUCAUAACGUACCAGUUGAGGAGAGAUCGCGUGCAUUUGGGUAUCUUGUAGCUGCGGGAUCCGUUGGCCAAGUAGUAGCGUCGGUUAUUUGUCCGCACAUGUCCUGGCCAAACGGAUUUUACUUGUUUGGGAGCCUCGGAAUCCUUUGGACUUUAUUGUGGAUGUUACUUUAUAGAGAGUCAAACACUCAAGACGAAAUACCAUUGUUUUUACCCAAAGUGGCUCAAAAUCGAAAUAUGCACUGGACAGAACUGAUAACUCACUGGCCUCUUUGGGCAUUGUAUAUAGCUCAUUUUGCAAUGAAUUGGAGCAACUACAUAAUCAUGCAAUGGUUACCGACUUAUUUGGCACGAAAUUUAUCUGCCUACAAGGAAAGCAUCAGUUUAACAGCUUUGCCGUACAUUGUAAACUCGCUUGUCGGUAUUGUUGCUGGUCACAGUGCGGAUAAUUUGAUUCAAAAAAGGUGGUCAGUCUUAUCUGUAAGGAGAUUGAUGACUAGCAUCGGCUUAAUCGGUCCAGGGGCAUUUUUGCUCGCCUUUUGCGCCGUUGACAACUUACUUGCAGCUGUGAUAUUUGUGUCAAUUUCGAUGGGACUUUGCGCUUGCAAUUCGGCAGGUCAUCUCAGCAAUCACGCUGAUGUAGCUCCUAAUCAUGCUGGCAUAACUUUUGCUAUAUCAAACACAAUAGCUACCAUACCUGGAAUUCUCUGUGGUCCAUUGACUGCCGAAUUAGUGACAGCCUCGCAGGGUCGAUGGAUGCCAGUCUUCGUUCUGGCAGCUGCAGUGAAUUUUACUGGUGCGAUAAUCUAUCACACACAUAGUUCUGCGCUCCAAGUGUUAUGAAUACUUGGAUCGUUGUAUGUGGGAAAAUGUGAUGAACGUGAUACGAGGUAUGACGAUAAACAAUACAAAUGAGUGACGAUAAACCAAGGGUGUUGCAAAAACGUAUAUAUUAUUGUAUAAAAUCGAAGUAUUUUAUCACCUUCAGGCAUACCAAGGUAUGUAUAGAUUUAAUCUUACAUCAAAAUUACAUAAAUUUAUGACUUGAGAUGAGAAUUCGUACGAUUAUUACCAAUUAUUUCCAUACGUACACGAAUGUUAUUACUAUUUUUUUCAAUUAUUAUUCUGAAUAAAAGCAUAUAUACUUUACGUAAAUACAUAUAUUACGAUUUUCAAUCGAUAUGCAAAGAAAUGGGUUUAAGUGCAAAAAAAUUCAUUUUACAAGCACUGCUGCGGCUGGCCUAUAUUACUUCACAAACGUUAUCUAAUAUUUUAGAGAAUCUUCUUUUAUAGUCUUUUUCCGUGCUUGAAGCUUUCGUGCGAUUGUUUUUCUGCUUUUCAUGCCUUUCAUUGUUUAUAUUAACACCAUUCUAUACGGGACAUCAUUCCAUGCCAAUUCGACCAAAUUUUGACCCCUCCAUUUGUAAUGUGGUUAAAUUUUUUUUAGAUGAUUGUAGCAUUUCUAAAAUAAAAUUUUUGUGUUCUCAUAUGCAACUGUUUUUAAAUUAUGAACGCUCAAAUUAUUCUCAAUUUCAACUUUUUUUCACAACGCUCAAAAUAUUUUUUAUUUUUAUGUCGCCUAAGGCAACUGCGUCAUUUCCAAAUCACCAAAGAUGGAUACUUUUAUAUUACAAGGACGUCUCCAGAUAUUUAAAUUGAAUGGAAGAUGAAAUUGACUAUUAAUACAAUUUUUGUAAAUUCGAUGACAAAUAGUAUAAAAAUUAUCUUUUACUUCUACGUGAUUUUAACAUAGUUACCAUAGAGUUUGACUGAAACACAGAAUUUUUUUAAUAUUUGUAAAACAUGUAUUUUUGUAGCUUAAACAUUAUCAGUGUCCUGAGAAUAAUAGAAAAAAGAGAUUCCAUCAUGGGUCCAAUCAUAAUAUAGUUGGUUCAAAACAUCAGAUUUUGUUGUUUUGUUUUGUUCAAAAAUUGCCAAAAUGGUGGAAAUAAAAAAAAUUUGAGUAUCAUACCUCUAAAAUGGUAAAUUAAAAAAUAAAGUUUAAAAGUUCUAUUAUCAGAUGAAAAAGUUUCAAUUGCGUUAAUCAAAACUGCUGAAGUUAAAACCUAGUCAAGCUUUCACGGAAUGCCCAAUGUAUGUAUGUAAGUAACACAAUUCGAUGAUUACACAGCAGUAUUAUUGAAACUGAAAGCAUUUACCAAAACAGCCUUCGUCACCAUGCAAUCUGCAAAUGUAAUGAUUUGCUCCUGAUCUUAUUCGUGGCUUUAUGUACUGGGUUUAAUAAAAACGCUUCGUAACCGUUAACGGUAUAUUCUGUGUAAUACUCUCAAAAUACUUACUAAAACAUCUACAAUUUUUUUGGUGGUCACGCACUUUGCAAGUCUCACAAUGUGUUUCAAAACUUCGGAUGUCUUCGUUGACUAGCAUUUGCGAAUGCAUUAUCUUGUUUUCAUUGAUUAACUCACAAACGAAAUUAUUUCAUCUUCACCUUCAUAUUUCAUCUUAACUAACACACUUUCGCCGUGUAUUUGAAUCAAACUGGCUUACACUUUUUCUAAAUUUUCAGUUGUCAAGGGACUGAAAUGAACCUCCAUUAGCGAUUAAAAAAAAAAAAAAAUAAACAAAAAAUGACAAUUGUGACAGGUUUUGUGGCUUAAACUUUCUUUUUUACGUUUUUCACUGUCUCUGUACUGUGAGCCUAAGCAAAUCAUAGUAUGUGAUCUUAUGUAUAGUGUAGGAGAUUAUUCGGACUUUGAAAACUUUUUAUAGUACAAAAAUAGACUUUCAGAAAGUAAGAAUAAUGAUAGUAGUAAUUAUAAUAGUACUAAUAAUAUCAAUAAUAUAAGUUUUUAUAGUCAGUAUUUUGUAAAUUUUCUUGUGUAAAGUGUUAUUUAAUUGGCGUAGAUUUUAGCCCAGUUCACUAAUUAGCAAAUACAUACCAAAAGGGACUGACAUGGGACUUGUAUAUUAUGUAAACAACUAUACUGUAUAUAAAUUAUGAUUACCAUUUAAUCUUAUAACAUUAGAUAUUUUUGGGCAAUGUACACUCAUAAGGGGAUGCUAUGAUGCAUGGGUCACCAAUUCGAUCUAUCUUUAGUACACAUUUAGGUCAUGACCAGGAGUAUAACAGGUGCAAGUAGGAAGGCACGCAUCUUAACCGUUUCCAAGAAAUAAUAUUUAAAUUAAUUGUCAAUUAAUUAAUAAUCAAAAUAAAAAAUUAAAAUUAGUAAUCAAAAUUUCAGUGCAUUCAACUGUAUUCUACGUAGAGCUCUAGUUCAAAGCAGGGCUCUUUCCAUCGCGCCACGUGGUCGGUAGCUUUUCGUUGAUGUAGAAUGUAUAUGAACGGAGUGAAAUUUUGAUGAUGAAUUUUAAUUUUCUAUUAUAAUUGUUAAUUAAUUCACAAUUAAUUUCAUUAUUAUUUCUCGAAAAGGGUUAAGAAGCAUGUCUUAGUACUUGCACCUAUUAUACUGCUGGUCAUGACCUACACGUGUACAAAAGGUGGAUCGAAUCGGUGACUCAUGCAUUAUACCGUCCCUAGUCAGAUUUUCUUCGGCACCAUCUCAAAUUGUAUACUUAUAUUGCAUUAACUAAAGAUAUAUACUUCGAUCAA